AUGUUGAAUUAUAGGUACAUUAAUCCUACGGUGAAGAUAUUCGUAAAUGACAAAAGGCAGGUGGUUGGGGAGUCAAACUCUAUCGGAAGCAGAUGUAGGGUCGUGGACGGGGGCGUGUGGAAUUGGGACAUGGAGAGAGUGGUUGUUUCUGUUGAUGAAGGUUACAGGUGGAUGCUGACAGACCUUCUUAACAUGCUGGCCAGUUCUGUUUUAUGCCAGGAAGUGGAAGAUGUCUUUGAUUGGGAAGUGGCCGCUGCUGCGGGAUUUUCGGUUAAGUCUUGCACGUGA